AUGUCGGAGUUCAAUGAGCUACCGAACUGGGCCCCAGACUGGCUCCCAGCUCGAACACCCAUUGCUGAAAGUACGCCCUCGAGCCAACCAUCUCGAAACCAUGACAAUAUUGACCGGUUCAAUGUCAAGGCGGCAAAGACGUUGUAUGUGACACCGAAUGCCAGCCGAACGGUCAACAGGAAACUCAGAGGAAUUCAUAUUUUUAUGAUUACAGUGAACGGGACCCUCGGAACAGGUCUUUAUUGGCGUGGUGGGCAGAUACUGGAACUUGCAGGCCCUCUCGCCGCGCUACUGUCCUUCUUACUUGUCGGGCUUUUGUCCUGGGCUGUUAUGCAAUGCAUCACCGAACUGCUGUGCAUAUGGCCAAUUCCCGGUGCGCUCUCGGUUUAUGUUACCGAGUUUGUGGAUGCUGAACUUGGAAUUGCUGUUGGCAUUGCCUAUUGGUUUACCUAUUCAGUGAGCUUCGGGGCUCUGAUAGCCACUCUCGCCGCGGAGCUUGACUUUUGGACUGGGGCCGAUGGUGGCGAUGUCCUUGAUGGGAUAGUUACCUAUACCAUAGUUCCAGCUAUCUUGGUGUUGAUCAACUCGGCGGGGAUUGAGAUUUACGGGCCUCUUGAAGUGGUCUUUGGCACUCUCAAAAUAACAUGCCUUGCGGUUAUUGUUGUUGCUCUAAUCGCAGUCAAUGUUGGAGCUGGCAGUAAAGGAUAUCUGGGGGUGCAUAAGUGGUCGGCACCGAAGACAUUCGACGAGAAAGCCGCCGGUAACUGGGGAAUUGCAUUUCUUAUGUGUCUAUCAAUUGCUACAUUCGCAUAUGUCGGUGUUGAGAUCGUAGCGGCCUCAGCCCUCGAAUCUGCUCCUUAUUCGUAUCGUCGCCGAAGGAGAAGCAGCGUCAGAGCGGAAUCCGAUCUUUCACACCGUUCGACAGACACACUCAUUGGAAACACUGUGAAGUUUUCCUCAAUGUACAUCGCCCUUCUAGCUACCAUCGCCUAUUCACUCUGCGGUCUACUGAUAUCCUUCGACAUCGACUGGCAGGAUUGUGGGCUCCCGCGGCUGAGUUGGACAGCGAACCCCAGCGACGCACAGCCGUGCUUCGCGUUGACUACCUCUGCAUUCGUAGCGAUCGCAGGUAAAUCCGGGAUCCAGCACCUAGACCACGUAUUCAACGCAUUUUUGGUUUUCACCUGCGUGACCUGCGCCGGGACCAACCUGUACGUGGCAUCAAGGACGCUGUUUGGCCUGACUAGUCGGUUGGAUGGAGGGAAGGGGCAAGCCUGGCAUCUCCGGAUUCUCGCCUACUUUGGCCGCACCAACUCUCAGAAGGUUCCUUUCCGAGCCAUGGUCUUUAGUGCUGCUGCCUUCUUCUGGGUUCCGUACCUCCAACUGCGGGGCGGGACUAGCACAGAGAGUCCGAUAGGGAUGUUUGUCGAGAUUCUCGCGCAGAUGGGCAGUGUGCCUGUUGUCAUAGUGUGGGCGUGCGAGGUCCUUGCUUUCAUUCGAUAUUACCAUUGCAUCAGACAGCACCAAACCGCCCUCGAGGCGCUGGGAGUGCCCCUUGUCCGUCGCUUUUCCGAAGCGGACUAUAACGAUUACAUCUACUGCAGUCCCCUGCAGCCAGUACUCGCAUAUAUUGCUUUGGCCGGAUGCUUGUUUAUUCUAAUAGUCGCCAACGGAGCUUCUCUUUGGGGAAAAUUCUACACGUUUCCGUUUCUCUCUUCAUACCUUGUCGUUUUGGUCUUCAUCGGGGUCUGGAUACUCUUGAAGGUUAUCAGAGGUGGGAGGUGGGCGUUUGUUGACCUUUCGAAUCCAGACAAGGUGGCCCGGAAGAUUCGCAACUUGCACGAUAUCCGGUUGGCGGCGACUUAG